CGGUGACCCCGACCCGCGCUCGCGCAGGCUGAAGUGGAGCAGAAGAAGAAGCGGACCUUCCGCAAGUUCACCUACCGCGGCGUGGACCUGGACCAGCUGCUCGACAUGUCCUACGAGCAGCUGAUGCAGCUCUACAGCGCCCGGCAGAGGCGCCGCCUGAACCGCGGCCUGCGGCGCAAACAGCACUCGCUGCUCAAGCGGCUGAGGAAGGCCAAGAAGGAGGCGCCGCCCAUGGAGAAGCCCGAGGUGGUGAAGACGCACCUGCGGGACAUGAUCAUCCUGCCCGAGAUGGUGGGCAGCAUGGUGGGCGUGUACAACGGCAAGACCUUCAACCAGGUGGAGAUCAAGCCGGAGAUGAUCGGCCACUACCUGGGCGAGUUCUCCAUCACCUACAAGCCGGUGAAGCACGGCCGGCCUGGCAUCGGCGCCACCCACUCCUCGCGCUUCAUCCCCCUCAAGUAGCCGUGGCCAAUAAAGACUCGUGUGUGA